UAGUCGCGUUUAGGAUAUGACAUAGUCAGGACGUCUUCUAUGCGAAUAGGCGGAAUCGCGAAUAGAAAAAAAUCACAAAAAAAAGAAUCAAAGCAAAUCUCUCAUGUAAAAGGGGUAAAAAAGAGGUGACAACAAAGAAAAUUAAAAAAAAAGAAAAUAAUUAUUUUUUAACAUGUAAUUAAAAAUAAAUAAUAAAAAUAAAAACAAGUGUUACAACGGAAAUAAAUUAACAAAAAAAAAGUCAAGCAAAAUUGGCAAGAAAAAAAAACCGAAACAAAAUCUGUGUAAGAGCAUAAUAAAAAGAAAGAACAACAACAUUGUUACCGACAAUUGAGCGUAAGCUGCACCAAAAGUAAUUGAAAACGGAUUAAGUCAAGCAACCAAGCGACUUUCAUCUUUGCUAUGCUGUAAGGCGAGAGCAAACAAAAGAACUUUUUUGUCUGUGCUGCCCCCUUUUUUGUGUGCUCGCUGUGACGAGAGUAUGUUGGCGAAUGCGUUGACUUUGACGUUGACGCCAUUUAUGAGCCAAUGCUGCUGUUGAUGUUGAUGAUGAUGGAAAAUAGAUGGACUCCCUGUGUGUUGUAAUAUGAGGAGGAAAUUUGUGAAAUUGUGCGUGUUAAAUGUGUUGUUGUAAUUGUGAACGAGCAAUCGUAGACGCCGAACGUCCAAACGAAAUCAAAACAAACGAAUGAACCGAAACUUCGCCCAACCCCACCACCAGCAAACCCCCUUGGCACAGUGAAAAAAAAAAAAAAAAUUCUCGUUAUUGUAUCGUCUUGUCCCAAUCAGCCACCCUAGUAUCGGCUAAGCUCCCCGCAGCUUGAAAACACCAUCAAAAAAUAUUCGGCCAACAAAAACAUCACAUGGUUGUACAAAAAAGAAAAUCGAUAAAAAGAUAAAUUCUCUGGUGCGAGUGCCAGCCAGUCAGCCAUCCAGCCAUUCAUUCAGUGGUAGUGAGUGUUGUUGUGUACCAAGCCAAAGCCAAAGCCAAAGUGUAUGUGAGAACAACUAAACAAAAAGUCAACAACAAAAACAAAACCAAGUAGUAGAUAAAGAGAAAGAGCAAAAGAGCGACAGAGCGAGAGAGAGAGAGAGAGAGAGAGCCAGCAAAAACAACAACCACAUAGGAAAUUUGUAAAAGGAAUAAAUACCCAAGAAAAAAAAUAUGAUGACACUAAUGCUGCUGUCUGAAAGAUGCAACAUUGUGGCUAAGAAAUUACCAUGCUCGAGUAAUUAAAAUAAUCUGUGCGACCAACCAAUAACGGAUUUCGUUUUAUCAACUGCAGGAAGUUGGGUAAACUACGACGCAGUGCGUACGUAAAAAAAAGAGAGGCGGAAUUCCAAUAAAUUUCAAAUCAAAUACAAAACAGAUGAAAACAGCGAGAUAAGGCAAAACAAUAAAGUCUCUAAUAGAUGUUUAGAAUAUGAAGCCAAUUAUUAUAAAUGAUUGUCAAUUUAAAUAUGCAAAACAUCAUAAUCAUCAUCAUCACAAGCAGCAGCAGCAACAGCAACAACAACAACAACCAAUUCAACAUCAACAUCAAUUCCUUGCCGAUAUCAAACAAAGACUAUUAGAAACAUAAAAGGACAUUACUCUGCUUUCAAUAACCAUAAUAGAGAGAUCAAGAAUUGAAUUGAAAAAUAGGAGGAAAAAAAACGAGAGAGCGCUACCAAGCAACAGCAGCUAUUGCCAUUAUCAUCAUCUAGAGCAGCCAGCAGCUCAACAGGAGCGGCAGCAGCUAUAUCACAGCCGUGGGAAGAGAUGUUAUUGGCCAGCUUGAAUUUCCAUCGCCUGGGAUGUUUGAUUAAUAUGCAGCUAAUCUUUCUUAUACUGCUGGAAAUGAGAUUAAUAUCGGGCGAUGUUUCCUCACAUUAUUGGGAAACUCCAUAUUCGCAGCCAUACUUUGACAACUCCUCCAGACGUGAGGUCACCUCAAUUGUGGGUCAGGCUGCCCUGCUGCAGUGUCGUGUACGCAAUCUAGGCGAUCGAGCUAAGGUCUCCUGGAUACGAAAACGAGACUUACACAUAUUGACAGUGGGCAUACUCACCUAUACCAAUGAUCAACGAUUUCAAUCACUACACACUGAGGGUUCCGAUGAAUGGACAUUGCGGAUAUCAUCGCCACAGCCCAGGGAUUCGGGGACAUAUGAAUGUCAGGUGUCGACGGAGCCUAAAAUUAGUCAAGGAUUUCGUUUGAAUGUUGUGGUGUCAAGGGCAAAAAUUCUGGGAAAUCCUGAACUAUUCAUAAAAAGUGGCAGUGACAUAAAUUUAACUUGCUUGGCCAUGCAAUCACCUAUACCGCCCUCUUUCAUUUAUUGGUACAAAGGCAAACGUUUGAUGAACUAUUCCCAACGCGGUGGCAUCAGUGUGAUAACAGAAAGAACGACACGCACCAGCAAACUUUUAAUAUCGAAGGCAACACCAACCGACUCUGGAAAUUAUACAUGCUCGCCCAGUAGUUCAGAUUCUGCCUCGGUGGUGGUGCACGUCAUCAAUGGUGAACAUCCAGCAGCCAUGCAGCAUGGCAAUAAUAGCGCUUCGACCAUAGUUCCCUACUACCGUCGGCGACGUGGUGGUGCUCAUGGUCAUCAUCAGCAUCAUCGCCCUGUGCUGCAUGGAUCAUUGUCAUUGUCUGAGACCAUAGUAGGAUGGGCAAUGGCUAAUAUCACCUCCCUAUCAAGUAUUCUAUGGUCGAUAAUUGAUUUUAUGUUGGCAACAAAUUGUUGCCUGGUAUUCAUGGGAAUCGCUCUCUCACAACGAUUGCUGCACACAAGUGGGCGUUUGGGACAACGCCAAGUGCCCAGGUGACUGUAGACGGCAAGCGAAAAAGCCCAAUACAUUGAGGACUGUAACGGAUCUGAAGCGAAACUAAGACAAGGCCGCCCAUAAUCACCAUCAAUACUACUAACAUAAUUAUUAUCGUUGUCACCAUAGUCAUAAACAUAGCCAUCGCCAUCGCCAACGCCAUGCCAUCGCCAAUCAUCAUUAUCCUUGUCAUCGCCGAAGUAUUAGUAGUCACAUCACAAAGUAGUUCAUUGUCAAACAAAAAGCGAAUGCUAAAAGGGUAGGGGCCAUGACUCUCUUUUGCCAUUUCCUUGAGAUCGUUUGUCAGGAGGAGAAGAACGUUAGAUCCUAAAUUCCAAUGUUUUUUUUUUAAGUUUUUAUAUAUUCUACACACAAAACAGGAGCUAAUGAGUUUGUCCAAAGAGUAGAGAGAGAAAGAGAGAGCGUUAAAGCAAAAGAGCAGAUAACAUUCCUCCCCUACCACAGAUACCAUCAUUCAUGCUAACAUUUAACAAUAAUAAGAAUAACGAAAACUGGGGUUUCCACCAACGAUGGUGAGACGAUGGCCGAUUUCGGCCCCACACAGAUCCAAGGCGGCAAUGUAAUAGUGUUUCAAUGUGUGUGGCUGUGUGUGUGUGGGUGUAGAUGUCACCACAACAUCACACCACACCACACCACACAAAACUCUCCCCACAACACACAUAGCGUGAGAAUACGAGAAAAGUAAGAAAAAACUUUGCAUUUGUUUAUAUUGUUCAUAGUUAUUAAUUAUUACUAUUAUUAUUAUAAAUAUAAAUUAAGUAAGUUUAAAGAUUUUAAUUAUGUAUAACAUAAUAUUAAGUAGAUAAAAGUAAAGGCAAACAUUUCCAAAUGGUUUUACAUUUUCGUACCCCCUCCUUUGCCACAUAAGUUUGAGCAAAUGGUUUGAACUUUAAACAAACAAACAAAAAAAAAUAAAAUAAAAACCACAUUUAAAAAACUUUUUCAAAUCGUCAAGGCGAUUGAUAUCAUUUUUUUAAUACAAAUUUUAAUAUAUAAUUUUAAAAAUAUUUUAAUAAUCCAAAUAAAUAAAAACAAAAACGUAAUUUUAUGUAAUAAGCCAGAAUUUAAAUUAGUUUUAUUCCAAGCUAUCAUUUGCUUAAACUUAUUUGGCAUCAUUUGAAUUUGAAUAGGACUUCAUGCAUUCAUCCAGAUGACAGGGUACGAAAAUAACACCAGACAUAAUAAUUAUAAUAAUAAUAAUUAUAAUACAAAACCAAAAACAAAAACCAAUAAUGAAAAUUAAAAAUAAUUAUAAAAUAAAUAAGUAAAUGAUCGAAUGAAAAUAAA